UCAGCCCAGGGGGAACUUGAAACAGUCUGACGGACAAAGGGGGAAAAGUCAUGUAUCCACUUUUGCGCGCAACAGAUAUGCAUCGCAAAGUAUGCGCUUUACGUUAGUCCGUGGACUGUUAGUCGAGUCUUUUCAUUCGAGAUUUUCUAAAACGAUGCCAAGUGAAAGUUAAGCGGCAGUUGCUUACGGAACUUUCAGGGACAAUGAAGACGAGUAGACGUUUCUGUCCGUUUUUGGCUGUGCUGCUGUCGUGCUGUUUCUUGGCGUCUGGACAAUAUCAUGGAGAUAAUGGAAUAGCUCUUCCCGAACACGGAUUCUGUCAGCCCAUAACAAUCCCGUUGUGCACGGACAUCGCUUACAACCAAACUAUAAUGCCGAAUCUGGUUGGCCACUACAACCAAGAGGACGCGGGGUUAGAGGUUCAUCAGUUUUACCCGUUAGUAAAGGUACAGUGCUCUCCAGAACUGAAGUUUUUCCUAUGCUCCAUGUACGCACCAGUAUGCACGGUUUUGGAGAAAGCCAUUCCUCCCUGUCGCUCCAUUUGCGAGAGGGCAAAGCACGGCUGCGAGGCCCUCAUGAACAAGUUCGGGUUUCAAUGGCCAGAGCGGCUGAGAUGUGAACAUUUCCCCGUGUUGGGAGACGGGCACAUUUGCGUGGGCCAGAACGACUCCACGGCCACGGUGUCGCCCGUUCAUAUGCCUAUACCGGGAACCCCCGGUGUUCAUCUGUACUCGACGCCCGACAAACCUUUCCGCUGUCCGUCAAUGCUUAAAGUGCCAUCCUACCUCAGCUAUAAGUUUUUGGGUGAGUUGGACUGCGGUGCUCCAUGCGAGUCCUCCAAAUCCCAUGGGGCUUAUAUGUUCUUCACUGACCAGGAGAUCGAAUUUGCUCGUAUUUGGAUUCUCAUUUGGUCCUCCCUUUGCUGUGCAUCCACAUUUUUUACUGUAACCACUUACUUAGUGGACAUGCAACGUUUUAAAUAUCCCGAGCGUCCCAUUAUCUUCCUGUCUGGUUGCUAUACCAUGGUCUCCAUCGCAUACAUCGCUGGCUACUUUCUGGGCGAUAAGGCUGCGUGUAAUGAGAGCUUUCUUCCUGAUGGCUAUAAAACCAUUGUUCAGGGUACAAAAAAGGAAGGAUGCACAAUUCUUUUCAUGAUGUUGUAUUUCUUCAGUAUGGCUUCUUCAAUCUGGUGGGUCAUCCUGUCUCUCACCUGGUUCCUGGCUGCGGGUAUGAAGUGGGGUCAUGAAGCUAUUGAAGCCAAUUCGCAGUACUUUCAUCUGGCUGCCUGGGCCGUUCCAGCCGUAAAGACCAUUAGUAUACUUGCCAUGGGACAGAUUGAUGGAGAUGUGCUAAGUGGUGUGUGUUUUGUGGGCCUAACAAAUCUGGAUCCACUGAGGGGCUUCGUGCUAGCCCCCCUCUUCGUCUACCUCUUCAUCGGCACCUCUUUCCUGCUCGCCGGCUUCGUGUCGCUCUUCCGCAUCCGCACCAUUAUGAAGCACGACGGUACCAAGACAGAAAAACUGGAACGUUUGAUGGUUCGCAUAGGCGUUUUUUCGGUUCUCUACACUGUCCCGGCCACCAUCGUCAUUGCUUGCUUUUUUUACGAGCAGGCCUUUAGACAGCACUGGGAGAGGAGCUGGAUCAGUACAAACUGUAAGAGCCUGGCCAUUCCCUGCCCCAUGCAGCCCGCUCCACACAUGACCCCCGACUUCACUGUUUUUAUGAUCAAGUACCUGAUGACUCUUAUUGUAGGGAUCACUUCAGGAUUCUGGAUUUGGUCCGGGAAGACGCUGCAUUCUUGGAGAAAGUUCUACACGCGUUUGACCACCGGCGGGCAAGGGGAGACUACGGUGUGAAUUCCUGAAUUUUAGGAGUACAAGCUGAUAAAAUCAAAUAUAAAGUGCCUUCAGUUGUCAGUAUGUUUAAAGCAAUUAUACAUGCCCAUUUUCUGCAAGUACUGUUUGUCAGAUUCCAGACUUUUGGAGCAUUUUGGGUUCUUGGACUCUCAAGUGGAAAGAAUGUAAAACCAUCUUGGUUUCCCCAAACAAACAUGGCCAAUUUGAUACCAAGUGUUUUCCUCCCCCAUUCUGCACUCCCCCUUUUUUUUUCUCAUAAGCUGCUGGCCAUAAAAACUCUGCUUGGAAAGUGAGAUACCAGCUGGGAAUUCAGCAAAUGCCAGAGCAAAGACCUAAAGGGGGAUGAAAGCCUGAAAAGGCCUGUCAUCUAAUACUGUUAAAUGUACUUAAAUCCUUGUAAAUAGUUUUUGUAAAAAUCUGUAUUUGAACAUGAUUAUAUAUUUGUAUUUAAGCCAAUCUGCAUUUUUGUGUUUCAGCGAUAAAUAUUCCUGUUUUUAGCCACCAUUCUCUCUCAAGCUCUCUCGCUUUGUCUCAUAUCAGUUAGCAUUCUGUACUUAUGUUUGUCCAUCUGUUUCAAAUUAAAAGUGCUGUACAUAUAACUUCCUUUUUUCUGCCAUGUAUCACUGCUAAGCCAUAUUUAGCACACCAGUAAAAGAAAAUCUCUUCCUGUGCUGUGUGUUGUAUGAGAGACUGAAGAGUAACUCUGUUUUUCAAAUAUGUAAUCCAGCUGUAUGUAAUUGAGCGUUUGAAACCACCAUCUUAAGUUGAGAGUUUGGAAUGGUUGUGUGCGUGAGUCAGUGAAAGAGAGUGCUGAUUAAACACCGUAUUUUGUCUGAUUGCGGUGUGAAGCAGUCAUUGAGGAGCAAAUGGUUCUCGCAUGGUCCUCCGAGCUGAGGCAUGUGGAAAGAAAUGAAAAGCACAUGAUAAAAUGAAUGUGUGUUUAUGUCACAAACCAGGCUGCCUUGCACUCUGAGCUACACAUUAGACUUUUUGUUACCAAUACUGUACCUUAAAUCUGGUCACAUAAAGAAAAAAACCUAUAACCGUUUAUAAAGUCAUUAACAGCAAUGAUUGGUAUUUUGUUCAAUCAUUCCUGUGAAGGCAUAUACUUUAUAGAUUAACAGUAAAGGUAAGGUAGGUCUAGAGUAGUUGAUGUCUGUUAUGAAUUACAGCUAAACUGCUGAGGGUUUUAUUCCACAAACUUUCCCUGUCUUCCGACUGCUUGGUUUUUUGGGUUCUCCUUGGUUUAGCCUGUGAGUGUCUGUUUGUGAGCUCAGGUUUCUAAUCUAAUGCAUACCUCUGGGCAGCCAAUUUCAUGCGCAGCCUUUCAUACAAUGUUUGCCUUCUUCCUUUGCGCUCAUUCACUCAUACACCUCAAAUGUUCAUUGUGUGUGCGUGCGUGACACUAUAUACAGGUAUAGGAAAAGUCUGCAAAGAGCGACAUGGUUUUCGAGGUUCUGUAUAUGCUUUAUUUAAAUGUGGUUAGAAAGGCUUGGAUGUUUAGAUUUGUAUCUGUAUACUUAUACAAACUCCUGCCGACUGCUACAAAUCAUGCAUGUACACACUCCUUAUCAUGGGUUUUAUGAGUUUGCAUGUUGAUAUAAUUAUAAGACACCAUUAUUUUGGCUUUCUGUCCAAAAUAUAGCCCUUAUGAACGAUGAAAACAUAUUCUAAUGCAAUCUUGUGACUUGUAUUUUAUGAGGUAUUCUAAUUCGUAUUCAUAUGACCACAUGUUAAUGCGUUUGCCCCGUGACAUUGGGGAGGGAUUUCAUGGUUUGUUUGUUUUUUAUGAUAAUCAUACAUUUUUAUAUGAUGCACUUUGUAUGAAUUAGUCAACUCAUAAAAUACAUAUGAUUUCCUGUGAGAUCAGGCUUUGUAAUAUUAUAAUGGAAGUAAAGUUAUUCUGAGAAAUAAAAUGA